UAAGCGCCAUCCCUUGUUUCUUUCGAACCAUUUCAAUCGCUGUCCGUCCAUGUCCGCCGCCGCUGAACCCGGCGUGCGUCCAAGACGUCGCAGCUGGCUAGCUUGGUAUGGUCCACAGAAGGACACUGCCAAGGACGUGCCCAGACCAACCCUUCUCUUGGAUACGGGGUUGGCAACACCAAUAGAGCAUAUCCAGCAGACCUUCCCUUCUGCAGACUCAGGUGCGAGCGGUCUGCGUCGUGAGUCAAGCUUAAAGACAUCGCGGCCUAGCACACCGAAACGCAGCUCAAUUUCUUCCUUAUCUCAAUUGCUUUCCUUACAUUCAUCUCCUCAUUCCUCUGUUUCUCAUCUACAGCAGUAUGAGCAAACUUCACCAGUCAACGGCGCAUCGUCGUCUUCUGCUACAUCGCCGCCCUCGACCUCCGUCAUGAAAUCACCUGAUCUAGCCACUCGAACCCCCACAUCCUUCGGGAAGAUCUCUUUCAACUCCGUGAUGGGGGGUCUUUCCGCGCUCUCACUGUCUCGUACGACAACCAAUGAGGACAAAGACAAAGACAAGGAAACUCGCGGACGCACCACAAGCAAACGGAAGCCUCGCGCCUCAUCUUUUGUACUUCCAUCUUAUGCAAAAGACAAGGACAAAGAUAAGGACACAGCAUCCGUAGCUUCCAAGGAAUCCAUCCGUGCCCGCUCGUCAUCUCCCUUCAGUUUACGCCGUUUCCGUCCUCGUGAUCGCGAUGCAUCUCCCGCUCCCCUUCCCCUCGAGGAAUCGGAUUGUGACUCUGUCACUUCACGACGUACACUUGCCGUCCGACCUCGCAAUGCUUUCACAGAUGAUCCAGAUUCAGGUUCAGAGUACGCUGGGGAAGAAACAGAAGAUGACGAAGAUGAGUGGAGCGAUGACGCCACGGGCAUGUUCGAUUUCGUCACUGAGAGGAACACGGAGCAGAACGCGCUUAUUCCUGCCCAUGAGAUGGCGACGGGAGACCUGGACCUCGACGAUGUAACUAUGGAUCCUGACCCAUUGGGUGAAGGUGUCAAUGUCGUGGUGCCACCCGAGCCUUAUUUUCCUUCUACUCUUAACCGGACGAGUUUCACCUCGAUUAAAGGCAAGCGUGGAGGUCCUAAGCGAAAGAAGUCCCGGCAUCAUGAAACUCUUCCUUUGAAGACGGCUCGCCCACUAUUCCAGCGUGAUAGGUGCACCAUCACCAUGACUCAGGGCGAUCCGGAGGCAUCAGAAAGACGGAAGCGGAUGUAUAUUGUUGCUAGUGACCUCAGCGAGGAGAGUCGUUAUGCUGUUGAGUGGGGUAUCGGCACAGUGAUUCGAGACGGCGAUCAUCUGCUCAUCGUUACGGUUGUCGAAAACGAGGCUAAAGUUGACCCGCCCAUCCCCAACCCAGCGGAGCGUGCCACCAGACUUCGUUCUCAACAGGAACGUCAAGGCCUUGCCUAUAUCCUCGUCCGUCAAGCAACGUCGCUAUUGCAACGCACGCACUUGAACGUUACCGUCUCCUGCCAAGCAUGGCACUCGAAAAAUGCGCGCCACAUGCUCCUCGACAUUGUCGACUACAACGAACCCACGAUGCUGAUCGUGGGGUCCCGAGGAUUGGGUCAGAUCAAGGGCAUUCUCUUGGGAUCAACAUCACACUAUCUCAUUCAACGUUGUUCCGUCCCGGUCAUGGUUGCCCGCCGCCGGCUUAAGCGGCCCCCGAAGCGCUCUGCUCACCUUGCCAAGAACCGCUUGCAUGUGCCCCUUGCGGAGGCUGGGAUCGACAGAGUCGCCCCCAAGGUUGACCAGGACGUCGCGGUCAUGCGGGACGAGAUGCAGCGGGACGACGAUCGGCGAGGUGAGAAGGAGGAGAGAGUUAUUGAUGAGGAUGGUGAGGAGCCUGGGGAGGAUGGCGAAGGAGAUGGCGCGGAGGGCGAAGGUUACUUGGGUACCAAGGUCGGGGGAUAACGAAACGCGAGCUUAAAGCUCUUUGAUUUCGCCGUGUGUUGAUUCCUCUGGGUCUGACAUUGAACUUGUUUCUUCUCUAUUUUUCUCUCUCUUCAGACGCACCCAGAUAUGACUGGUUGCUGAAUGGUAUUGAUACCUGAAUGAGUACUGCCACAACCCGUCAUGUAUGAUAGCCAUAGAAAGUUUUUACGAGUGUAACAUUGUAGCAUUACAGACUCGUCCAUUAAUAUUGACUGCAGUUUGUCCACUUUUCUUGGGCA